AUAGGCGCGAGAGGAUACUGUAUGUUUCAACGGCUGUCACACAGAAAUAGAGAGACCAUCGGCGCAUCCACAACACACAAGAUAUAUUGACCCCACUAACGCACGGUUAGCCGUGUUAUUAAUAGUAAAUUAUACACAAAUUGAUAUUCAAAAAAUAUAUUUGCGAAUGGGAAUUAAACAACGGCAAAAACAACCGGCAAUUAUGUUUCAUCACAACAGGGUUAUGGAGACCCACGUUCGCUGUAUUGACUGAGAAUCGACGCUGGAGUGGGGAUUUAGCUAACUAGCUGGCUAGCUGCUAGUAACGUCGUUAGCUAGCUACCGUUAGCUCAAAACGCCGAAAUGAUUCGAAAGACAUGGACAUAAGCUAUUCAUAAAACGUAUAUUUUUAUAUAGAAGAUAUUUUUCAACAACAUUAUCAGAGCAUGGGAUAAUAUGCGAUAAAUGGAGCAAGGGUAAAACUGAAUUAAAAAAAUAUAUAUUGCUAGCCUACUUGUCGAGUUUAACGUUAGCUAUUACAGACGAACCCCGGUAAACGAGAUCAGAGUAACGUUCGUUAAAUCACAAAAAGGAUGACACGAAGAUGCUGCACCUUGGGUUUGCCCGAAAAUAUUCCCCUCAUUCUGUGAAGAAGUGAAGACGAGGAAGGGCAGCUUUGCACACAUAGAUUUGGGAACAUCCCUCCUCUGAAUACAUGUACAUAUUUAUUUUUAAAUUAUUUGUAGGUAUUUAUUGAGUUUUCUGCCCUAAGAGGGUGAGAAAGGGCACAAGCGAGCUGGAGAUGGAGAGAAGGAAAGACAGGACACAAUAGCACUAGAGUAAAACAGAGGCUCCUCCAGCUGGAAGAAAGGCAGCAGGAAGGAGGGACAAAAGAAGAAGGGGAAAGGUGACCACCGGAAGAGAAAGAGACGGGGACCGACGGAGAACGAGUGCGAAGGAGGGCGAGAAGGAGGGAAGGGUGGGGGAGGAGUGGGACAGAACCGUCCCCAUGGCUACUGACCCCGGAGAGCCCACGGCCACAGAGGACUCCUCUGAGAAACCUGAUGGAGAGACGGAGAGGGAGGCGGGAUCAGCGAGAGAGGGCGGGGCUGGCAGACAGGCUGGGAGGGAGGCAGGGACUGCGCGAGAGAGCGGGGGAGGCAGACAGAGAGAGGAGGGGGUGGAGCCAAAGGGCGAUGCAGACGGAGAGGGGAAAGAAGGGGCGGAGCAAGAUGGGGGAGCAGGCCGAGAACGGGAGAGGACCCGCAGCACCCCGUACGACUUCCCUUCCUCCCGGACGGAGAAGAGGAAAGGGGGAGGGGAGACGGGCGAGGAGCAGGGAGGGGUGACACCCGUGGGGCCGCUGUCCGCCUCCACGCCGUCCUCCCCCGCCGCCCAGGGCCACCGGCCCAGGAGGGAGAACAAGCGCUUCUUCCGCAAGAGCGUGGAGCUGUGCGAGGAAGAGGACGAGGUGGAGGACACGCAGGGGGCACCGAUGAGCGCCCCUGCCGCGGGUCUCAGAAGCUCCGACUCGGUGUUUGCCAUAGGCGGCGCCGGGCAGCAGGCGGCCGACGCCCCCACCGCGGCCUCCGAGGGCAUCGCCGCCCAGGACGCGGGCAAGAGCGCCCCCGCCUCCUCCAGCCCCGCACACAGAGGCAGGGAGCGGGACCGCGAGCAGGAGGAGGAGGCGGAGAUGAAGGCGGUGGCCACAUCCCCUGGCGGCCGCUUCCUCAAGUUCGACAUCGAGCUGGGAAGGGGAGCCUUCAAGACCGUCUACAAGGGACUGGACACGGACACCUGGGUGGAGGUGGCAUGGUGUGAGCUGCAGGACCGCAAGCUGACCAAGGCGGAGCAGCAGCGCUUUAAGGAGGAGGCGGAGAUGCUGAAGGGCCUGCAGCACCCCAACAUCGUGCGCUUCUACGACUCCUGGGAGUCCGUCCUGAGGGGCAAGAAGUGCAUCGUCCUGGUGACCGAGCUCAUGACCUCCGGCACCCUCAAAACGUACCUGAAGCGCUUUAAAGUGAUGAAGCCCAAAGUGCUGCGCAGCUGGUGCAGGCAGAUCCUGAAGGGGCUGCAGUUCCUGCACACGCGCACCCCGCCCAUCGUGCACCGCGACCUCAAGUGCGACAACAUCUUCAUCACCGGCCCCACCGGCUCCGUCAAGAUCGGGGACCUGGGGCUGGCCACGCUCAUGCGCACGUCCUUCGCCAAGAGCGUCAUCGGCACCCCGGAGUUCAUGGCACCGGAGAUGUACGAGGAGCACUACGACGAGUCGGUGGACGUGUACGCCUUCGGGAUGUGCAUGCUGGAGAUGGCCACCUCCGAGUACCCGUACUCCGAGUGCCAGAACGCCGCGCAGAUCUACCGCAAAGUCACCAGCGGCAUCAAACCGGCCAGCUUUGAUAAAGUCGCGGAUCCUGAGAUUAAAGAGAUCAUCGAGGGCUGCAUUCGACAGAACAAGAGCCAGAGGCUGUCCAUACGGGACCUGCUGACCCACGCCUUCUUCGGCGAGGACACGGGCGUGCGGGUGGAGCUGGCGGAGGAGGACACGGGCCUCCAGGACUGCCUGGCGCUGCGCAUCUGGGUGGAGGACCCCAAGAAGCUGAAGGGCAAGCACAAGGACAACGAAGCCAUAGAGUUCAGCUACGACCUGGAGAACGACAGCGCAGAGGAAGUGGCUCUGGAGAUGGUGAAGUCAGGCUUCUUCCACGAGAGCGACGCCAAAGUGGUGGGCAAGUCAAUCCGCGACAGGGUCACGCUCAUCAAGAGGUCCCGGGAGAGGCGGCAGCAGCAGCUGCUCCAGUUUGGGCCCGAGGAAAGGCGGGACUCGUCAGCCCUGCCCUCGUACACCUGCCCCCACCCCUCCUGCCCCUCCUCCCAGGGCCCCGGGGCUGCCGUGGGGCAGGGCGACGGCGAGGAGCUGCCGGAGGUGGACCAGCACGUCAGGCUGCAGCACGUCUACAGCGGCACGGCCGCCGGCCCCACGGAAGGCGAGAGCGUCCCUUCAGUCAGCUGCGAGUCUGCGGCCAGUGGGCCCAACCAAGUCUUCCCUCCGGUGGGGGAGUCUGGGCUGCACCAGGGGCUACCCUACGCACACGUUCAGUCCGGCUACCAUGCUGCCACUUCUGCCGUGCAGAGCACAGGGGGCGUGGCCCACCCACAGAUGCUCCCCCUCGGGCAGAGCGGAGGGAUUCCCGCUGGACAGAGUGGUGGAGCUCCAGUCAUGCCUAUUGGCCAGAGUGGCGGGGCUACAGUCAUGCCUAUUGGACAGAGCUUAACUCAGCCAGUCAUUCUAGCCGCACCGGUGUCCCCAGGGAUACCUCAGCAGUAUCCACAGCCCUGCCAUUCAGAGGGAGAAACUGCCCCCUCCUUCCCUGCAGUUGCCUCUUCUCAGCCUUUCCUGCCCCCGGUGUCACCCCAGGCCCCUUUCAGUGUCCACCCCACUGCCCCAAUGUCUGUCGGACACCCUGCGGAGGUGGCCUACCUGCCCCAGGGAGGGGUAGUGGGUGUUGCCCCUCUCCCUCAGCAGGCUCAGCCCAGCUCCGCCCCCGCGCAGCUACCCGAAACGGUGCGCAAUCCCGCAUUACCCCAACAAGCACAGCCCAUUCUAAUCCAUCAGCAGGUGCUGGCGCAGCAGCAGCAGCAGCAGCAGCAGGGGGCCUUACCUCCUCAGAUGGAGACGCAGCAAGCCGCCGCUCUCCUGCAGCAGCAGGCGGAGCUGACUGCACAGCCACAGGUGGAGCAGCAGCCUCAGCCGCCGCGCGUGGACCUGCAGCCCACAGCUUCGGCUCAGCAGCAGCAGCUCGAGCCGCAGGCCAGUUCGGUGCCGCAGGCGUAUGGAGGUUUGCAGCAGCAGCAGCAACAGCAACAGCCACCUCUCAUGCAUUCGCAGCCAGUGGAGCAAGUGUAUGCACAGCAGGUGGAGCAACAGCAGGCUUUGUUGCAGCAGCAGCAGGUGGAGCAACAGCAGGCUUUGUUGCAGCAGCAGCAGGUGGAGCAACAGCAGGCUUUGUUGCAGCAGCAGCAGGUGGAGCAACAGCAGGCUUUGUUGCAGCAGCAGCAGGUAGAGCAACAGAAACAGGCUUUGCUGCAGCAACAGCAGGUAGAACAACAGGCUUUGCUGCAGCAACAUCAGAUGGAGCAGCAGCAACAAGCUUUGUUGCAGCAACAGCAGCAGAUAGAACAACGACAGGCUUUGUUGCAACUACAACAGUUUCAGAAACAGCAACAAGCUUUGUUGCAGCAAAAACAGGUGGAGCAACAGCAACAAGCGUUGUUGCAACAGCAACAGAUGGAACAGCAUCAAGCUUUAUUGCAGCAGCAGAUGGAACAACAGCAACAGGUUUUGUUACAGCAACAACAGAUGGAGCAACAACAGGCCCUAUUACAACAGAAACAGUUACAGGUGGAGCAACAGAUUUUAUUUCAGCAGCAACAAACUGACCAACAGCUGCAGCACCAGCCCCCAGUGCAGAAGCAAGAGGCAACAUCACUGCAACAGUGUGAGCAGCAGGCUUUUGUUCAGGAGCAACAGAUGGAUCAACAGCAGUCCUGUUUCUCACAGAAACAGCAGCAGGCACCUUUGUUACAGCAGCCUCAGACCAUCAUUGCACAGCAACAGCAAAUGGAGCAGCUGCAACAGCAGGCGCUACUGCAGCAACAGGAAGCUUACCUCCCCCAGCCUCAUCAGAGGGGCUCUUUGGCUCCAGGCCCCAGCGAAGUUCUGCAGAUCACAGCUGCAGCUCAAGCCCAAGCUCAGGGCCCACUCCAAGGUCAGGUCCAACCUCAAGUUCAGUCCCAAGUCCACAGCCAGGGUCAGGUGCAGGUCCCAGCACAGCUCCAGGCUCAGGUCUCAAAUCAAGCCCUAACCAUGAACCAGUCCCAGGUCCAGCAGGCUCUGAUCCAGAAUCAAAUGCAAUCGCUGACUCAGAAUUCGACACUGCCACAAGUCCCACAACAAAUGCAGGCCCAGGCUUCACCCCAGCAGAGCAUGUCUCAAAUCCAUUCUCAAAUGCAGACCCAAGCUCAGCUCCAACAGGAAAUGGCUCAAAUCCAACCUCAAAUGCAGACCCAAGCUCAGCUCCAACAGGAAAUGUCUCAAAUCCAACCUCAAAUGCAGGCCCAAGCUCAGCUCCAGCAGGGAAUGUCUCAAAUUCAGGCCCAAGCUCCAGCCCGGCAGACCAUGUCUCUCAAUCAAGCUCAAAUGCAGGCCCAAGCUCCACCCCUACAGAGUAUGUCUCUCAAUCAAGCUCAAAUGCAGGCCCAAGCUCCACCCCCGCAGAGCAUGUCUCUCAAUCAAGCUCAAAUGCAGGCCCAGGCUGUGCCCCAGCAAAGCAUAUCUCAAAUGCAAACUCAAAUGCAGGCCCAGGCUGCACCUCAACAGGUUGUGUCCCAAAUGCAAACUCAAAUGCAGGCCCAGGCUGCUCCUCAACAGGUUGUGUCUCAAAUACAAACUCAAAUGCAGACCAUGCCUCAGCAGAGCAUGUCACAAAUUCAAACUCAAAUGCAGGCUCAGGCACUCCCACAGCAGAGCGUUCCCCAACUACAAACUCAAGUACAGACCCAGGUCCCACCCCAGCAGAGCAUGUCUCAAAUCCAACCUCAAAUGCAGGGUCAUGCUCCCCUCCAGCAGGGCACACCACAAAUACAAACUCAAAUGCAGACCCAGGCUCCCCUCCAGCAAGGCACACCUCAAAUACAAACUCAAAUGCAAAUCCAGGCAAGUAUCCCAUCUCAGAUUCAGUCUCAAAGUUUGCCCUCAACUCAGACACUUGCUCAGAUUCAGGCAAUGAACCAAAUGCCACUGCAAAGUCAAAUUCAAACUCAGACCCAGCCCCAAUGCCAGCUGUCCCUGCAAGGCCAAAUCCAAAUACAGCCCCAAUGUCAAGUGCCCCAGGGCCAAGUGUUUCCUCAGCAGAGUCAGUCUCAACCCGCAUCCUCCAUCUGUGGUCAAACCCACUCUCAGCCCGAUGUACAAAUACCAGUGCAAGCCCAGGCUUCAGCCGGUCCACUACCAGCGCAGUACACCUCCACCUCCCUGCCCACCCAGCAGCUGCUACAGUCGGUCCAGCUGCCGCCGGACUUCAGCCAGACCGCGCAGCAGCAGACGCUGUUGCACUAUCAGCAGGGGAUGGCGUCUCAGCAAACUCCCGCCAGCGCCACUGCGGCCAGCAUGGGCCCCGCCUCCCUGCCCUCCACCCCUCAGCACGUCCCGCAGACGGGACCGACGCAGGUGCUCGCCGCCACACCGGCGCAGCCCCCGCCGCAGCAGUACGAGCAGCAGCUGCACCAGGCCGCAUCUCUGCAACAGCAGCUGCUUCAGGCUCCGCCGCCGCAGCUCCAAGCUCCAGCUCCCUCUGAUCAUGGCCAACUGCCGUGCCAGCCCCCAGCCGGCCCGCAACAGCUGCCCCUCCAGACCUCCCAGAUGGCCGGCCAGACAGCCCAGGCCCAGCCCAAAAUCCCAGCUCCCCUCUACAGCCAGGUAGUGGCAGGCCCCCCUCAGUCCUCGCAGCACCAACAGCAGCGGACCCUACCCGCGCACACGCACGCAGAGGUAGCGGGAAUAUCGGAUCGGCUGCAGUCCCCACCUGCUGCCUUCCACCCCCCCAGCCCCUCUCAUGCCUCAUCCCACCCCUCCUCCUCCUCUUCGCUGCCCCUCCCUCUGGAGACGCAGCUGCCCCACCCCGGAGCAGCCGACGCCUUUGCCCCUGCCUCCCCUCCUCCUGUCACCACCUUGCAGUCCCUUGGCUCUAACUGCCCCUCGCUGCCCGCGACCUCGCUGCCAGAUUGUGACCCCGCCUUGCCAGGCGCCGCUAAGGAGACGCAGGGUCCCUCCAGCACUGACAAACAGUCUUCAUCCAGUUCUGUUCCAGCCAAUGGAGAGGAAUUACAGCUCCUCUUAGCCAAUGGAGAGGAAUCUCAACUGCUCUUAGCCAAUGGGAAGCUGGAGAAGAUGAAAUCACAGAGGAGACCCUCCUAUCAGAGGACUGAGAAAAACGCCCACUUUCAAUUGAGCAUGCUCCAGGUGUCCGGCAGCGGGGACAACAUGGUGGAAUGCCAGCUGGAGACCCACAGUAACAAGAUGGUCACCUUCAAGUUUGACCCCGAGGGCGACACUCCCGAAGACAUCGCUGAUUACAUGGUGGAGGAGGACUUUGUCCUGGAGUCGGAAAAAGAGAAGUUUGUGGAGGACCUGCGGGCAAUUGUGAAGAGAGCUCUGGAAAUCCUUCACACCCAGCCACAGACCGGAUCCGUGGAGCAGCUGCAUGUGAGCACUCCUGCAGCCCCUGGCAUGGAGUCGGUGCCCCAGUCCUCUCCUGUGGGACGCUGGCGUUUCUUCAUCAACCAGACGAUUCGGCACCGAGACUCCCUCUCCACCCAGGGGGCGUCCACACCCCCCAGUGCUGGAGAAAACGUUACGCUGCAGCCCACAGACAGGGAUGCUCAGCGAGACAUUGAUGGAUCACAGCGUUCAGGGUCCUUCAGCGGAAUCAGUGCCUCCGCUGCUGCAUCUCUCCCCGGCUCUGCUGCCCCUGCCUCCACUGUUUCUGCCCCCUGCUCCAUGUCUGCCCCAGCAACUGCCGCCCCAGCGGCGGUGUCUGAAUCUGUGUCUGCCCCAGCCUCUUCUCUGUCCAGUGCUGUUAGCUCUGUCCCGCCUGCUUCCCCAGCCCACGCCUCUCUUCCCGCUCGCGACCUCAGCACCGGGCCCUCCGGCCUCAUCUGCCCCCCUGUCCCUGUUCCCACAGCUACCAGUUCCUCACUCCCUGCCCCCAGCCUCUGCUCCACCACGGCCCCGGGCCCCACAGACACACCCCUCUCGGGGGGUUCCCUGUCUGAGAGAGACCGGCAGCAGCCUCCUUCCUCCUCUCCCAUUCACGCUUCCCCUGCUGCCCCUCAGCCUGUGAGCCUGAGCGAUCAGGACCGGCUGCGCGCGACCGGGUCGCUGGAGCAGUCCAUGCAGCUGUCAGAGAAGCAAGAUUACCCACAACACCUUGGCCUUCAGCAGCAAGCAGAGGUACAGCAGAGACAGCAGCAGUCAGUGCAGCCUCAACAAAUACCAGCACAGUCCUUACCGCAGCAACAGGUACAGCCACAACCGCUAUCCUUACCGCAGCCAGUACAGCCUGUCCCCAUACAGCAGCCAUACCUACAACAGUCAGCACUGCCUCAGCAAGUACAACAGGCCUUACAACAGCAGUCACUACAGUCUCAGCAAAUACAUCUACAACAAACAUCCUUACAGCAACAACCAGGACAGUCUCAACAAGUACAACCACAACAACCUUCCUUACAACAACAGCCAGUACAGCCUCAACAAAUGCACCUACAGCAAACAUCCUUACAACAACAGUCAGUACAGCCUCAACAACUACAAGUACAACAAAUGUCCUUACAGCAACAAUUGGGACAGUCUCAACAAGUACAACCACAGCAAACAUCCUUACAACAACAGUCAGUACAGCCUCAACAACUACAAGUACAACAAACGUCCUUACAGCUACAACUGGGACAGUCUCAACAAGUACAACCACAGCAAACAUCCUUACAACAACAGUCAGUACAGCCUCAACAAGUACAACUACAACAGUCAUCCUUACAGCAACAACUGGGACAGUCUCAACAAUUACAACUACAACAAGCAUUGUUACAACAGCCUUCAGUGCAGUCUCAACAUAUACAACAACAGUCCAUAGAACAACAGUCAUUACAAUCUCAACAAAUACAACAACCACCCCUACAGCAACAGUCUGUACAGCAUCAACAAAUACAACAACCAUCCCAACAGCAACAGUCUGUACAGCAUCAACAAAUACAACAACCAUCCCAACAGCAACAGCUUGUACAGCAUCAACAAAUACAACAGCCAUCCCUACAGCAAGAGUCAGUACAGCAUCAACAAAUACAACAACCAUCCCAACAGCAACAGCCUGUACAGCAUCAACAAAUACAACAGCCACCCCAGCAGCAACAGCCUGUACAGCAUCAACAAAUACAACAGCCACCCCAGCAGCAACAGCCUGUACAGCAUCAACAAAUACAACAACCAUCCCAACAGCAACAGCCUGUACAGCAUCAACAAAUACAACAGCCAUCCCUACAGCAAGAGUCAGUACAGGCUCAACCAAUGGUUCAACAGCCAUUCUUACAACAACAGUCAAUGCAGCCUCAACAUAUACAGCAACCAUCCCUACAGCAGCAGCCAGUACAACAAUCUCAGCCAGUACAACAACAAUCAUUUGUGCAACAACAGUCAAUACAGGCCCAACAAAUACAACAGCCGUCAUCCUUAAAAUCGCAGUUGCCUACGGAGCAACACCAACAGGAAAUACAAAUGUCACUACAUAAGCUCUACCAAGAACAGUUACAGCAACAGCAUCUUCAGCAACAGCAGAUUUUACACCAGUCACUGCAACCACUGCAGAUGGAGCAGUUACAACAGCAGCAGGCAGAAGCACAGGUGCAGUUACCUAGAGACAGUCAGAGUCAGCUGUUACAACAGCAACAGCAGGUACUGCAGCAGCAGCUACAGGCGGUUCAGCAACAAACAGUUCACAUGCAACAACAGCAGUCGAUGCAACAGGACCUACUUCAACAGGCGCACCAACAACCGCUGCUGCAGCAACAUGCGCAAGAAUCUGCACAGCCACUGCACGCAGUGUACCAACAGCAAGCAGUGCAGCAACAGGACCUACAACAGCAGUCAGUACAACCUCUUCAAAUACAACAGUCAAUACAACAACCUCUUCAUAUACAACAGCCACCAUCUUUACCACAACAGCCUGUACAAUUGCAACAGUCGGUUCAGCAGCACCCCCCUCAGCAGCUUCCCCUAGAUCACCCACAGCAACAGGUCUUCCAACAGCUUUCCUCACAGCAGCAGGUGCCGCAGUCUGAGUUGCCACGGCAACAGGUGCCGCAGCAACACGCUCUGCACCAGCAGCCAUUACAGCACACACCGCAGUACUAUUCGGAGUCGGAGCUCUCCGCAGGGGAGGCCAGCGCCACCGGAGAAGACACCUCCAGUCUUUCUGCCCCCACCCUCCCCUCGUCUGACACCCCACUGCCCCCCCUCCCGCUCUGUGCCCCUGACACUUCCCUGCCCCCCGUGUCCCAUACCCUCAGCCCCUCCCCAGUCCAGCCUUCCUCUGUGGCAGAGUCUGACAGCGAGGGGCCCCCCAAAAUCGAAUACGUCGACAACCGCAUCAAAACGCUGGACGAGAAGCUGAGGAACCUGCUGUAUCAGGAAUACAGCGGCGGGGGGGCGCCUGCAGGGGGCGCUGCCGCGGCCUCCGCCACGGCGUCCACCGCUUCCACGGCCCCAGACGCACACUCGCCGCGGCCCUCCUUCCCUCCCCCCGCCUCCACCUCCGACACCUCUCCGCACUCCUCUUCCUCCACCACCUCCUCCUCCACCUCCCGCUCCUCCUCCACCUCCCCUGAUGUGGACAGGGAAGCGGUGGUGGAAGCCGGCGAGUUGGGCGCGGGUCCCCUGUCCCCCGGGGCUGUGUCUGGGGUGCCGGAGCCUGCCCCGCCCCCCUCCUCUGCCCUCCCCUCGGAGUCGCUCCCUCAGCCCCCACACAGAGACGCGGCCGCACACCAAACUUCUCCCGCCGAACCCCCAGUUUGUGCUGCCCCCCCUCUUUCCGAAGCCUGCUCCCCAGGAGACGCCGCGUGGCCCCUCUCCGGUCAGCCUCCGCUCCCCCUUGGGCCCGGACAGCAGCAGCUCAAUGCAGGAGGUGGAUAUUUUGGCCUAAACCUGACAUGUCCUAGUAUCAGAAAUCCUGUUAGCAAGAAAUCCUGGACUCGCAAAUUCAAAAGCUGGGCGUGCAAACUACGUCACUCCGCCAGCUUGUUCAAGAAACCCAGAGUCCAGCAAGCAGAGGCGAACAGCAGCCAGAGCCUGAAGGAGGAGAGCGAGCACCCUGCGCCUCUGCAGAGUCACUCUCGCAUGGGCCGAUUUCAGGUGACCCCGGUGGCCCUUCCUGCUGAAGCGAGCCCGCAGCAGGCUGCUGCUGCGCAGGCCGCUGUGCACAGGACGGUGGGGCGCUUCUCCGUGAGCCACGCGGAGGCGCGUGCCGAUGACAGGCAGACGGACAGCUCGCCCGUGUCCCCGGACCUGGAGGGAGGGAGGAGGAGGAGCAGGGGGAAGGACGGGGAGAAGGAGGAGAGGAAGAGGGCGCUAGCAGUCCCCCUCCUGCCCCGGGUGUCCUCCCCCUCCCCCCACGGCAGCAGCGACGAUGAUGAUGAUGAAAGCGAAAUGGAGGACGAAGAGCUCAGGAGAGAACUGCAUCGAUUGAGAGAGAAGCACAUCAGAGAGGUAGUGUCCCUGCAGGCCCAACAGAACAGAGAGCUCCAGGAGCUCUACAGGCAGCUGCGCUCCCUCAAAGACCAGCACCCUCCCCUGCCCCUCCCCCUGCCUCGCACCCCACCCAUCUUGCCCCCAGCAGGCCCUGCCCUCUCCCCCCGGAGGCCCAGACCAGGCAAAAGCAAGUCUCGGACUCGACCCCACUCACACCUGGACAACAACGGAGUCGCACACCCAGCAGGAAUCCAGCAGUCCAGCAGCUUCUCGGGUGGAGAGGAGAGCAGACUGCCUCAUUACUGCCCCCUGGGGACCCCUGCGGCACUGGCGACUGAGAGCGGCCCCAGUCCCCUGUCCCAAGGUUCAGCCAAUAGGAAGAGCACAUUUACGGACGAGCUGCACAAACUGGUGGACGAUUGGACAAAAGAGACUGUGGGUCCUACCCCCCCGAAGCCCUCACUCAACCAGAUUAAGCAAAUUCAGCAGGUGCAGGAGCUGGGAGGGUGGGGCCAGGCUCCAGAGAACACUCCUGCUUGGUUCUCACCUGUCCCCCUGAAUCUCCCAGCAGCCCCUGCUUCCGCAGCCCUCUCUGCCGUCUCCCCCCCUCAGUUCAUGAGCGGAGGGGGGACGGCGCAGUGGGGUGCGGUGGGGGCCGCGGACGCUCAGCACCAGCAGCCGCUGCCGCAGCAGCAAAAGAGCCACACACCCCCGGCCCCCCCGCCGACGCAGAGCGCGCACCUGCCCCAGACGCAGCAGCACACGCAGCGCUUCCACCUGCAGCCGCUGCAGCAGGGCCAGAUACAGCCCCAGCAGCUGCACCCGCCCCCCCAGGGCCAGCCCCACGCGCCCCCGGCCCUGCCCCCGAGCUCCGCCUCGGCCCCUGCCCCUGCCCCUGCCCCUGACGGCAGUGCGGGGACGGGGGCGUUCUGCUCCUGCUCCUGCUCCUGCUCUUCCUCUUCCUGCUCGUCCUCAUCCUCCUGCUCCUCGUCUGUUCUGCCCCCCAGUGCCAAACUACACUCGGCGCCCCCGCCCUCCACCCUCCCCCUGGGACAGCAGUAAGAGGGGAGGAACACACGGGGUGGGGGGGGAGUGAGACGAGGGUGUGUGUAAGAUGUGUGGCUGGGGGGAAGAGAGAGGGGAGGGGGAGAGCGAGGAGAGACGGGAGAGAGAUGAACAGCGCAUGUGCAGCACGUGCUGGGUGUGUGCGUGCGUGUGUGCGCGCGCGUGUGCGUGCGUGUUUAUUAGAUAUUCUCUGUGUGCUUUGGAAUUAAGUGUCAAGGUUUUUUUGUUUGUUUUUUUUUCCAAAACAUACAACUUACUUGGGCCUGAACUCUUUUUAACUAGAGAUAUGAAGGAACAGACAUUUCUACUAGUACUAUUAUUUUUAAAAAAUAUAUGUCUAUGAUUAUAUUGACUAAGGACUACAUAAAUAAAAAGUGCAAUUAGUAACUGUUCUUUAACAUCCUGUGCUGUCUUGAUUUAAGUCUGUACAUUCUAAUGUGGAUGAAACAAAAUUCUGUUGAUAGACAUAAGGAGACAGCAACCUGACAUCGGUAAUGAAUAUAGCACACAAGUCUCCAUAGCAACAACAGGACAUAAAGCAUUUACAACAGCACAUCACAGCACAGGCCACAUUGCCUGGCAACCAUCACUAGAUGCAGAAUCACAAAGAUUACUGUCAUACUUAAAGCACAGCGCUUGGACAUAGCAUGUUUAUCAUGGUGUUAUUUUUUACACUGACACAUAGACUGGUAAUUUUUACACCGUUUGCUUUCUAACAUGUCAGUUGAAAUUGUGUUGUAACCACAAAGUUUUCCUUUAUUUGAAGCAAAUAGAACCCACAUUAAAUGUAACACACUUAUCUGUAGUGUUUUCUUCUGCUCAUUUGGCAGGAUAGAUUUGAUUUGUUGACGUUUACUGAACAAACACUCAUCCAAGUACCAGAAUAUAUUGUGGCCCAGGGGUCUGUUUCUUUCAUUUGGAACACUCUCCUCCAGGUGGGUUCCAGGCAUUAGCACGUAUCACCUGAGAGAUCAGUGCUUGUGUUCCACGCGUCAGCGUCUGCACCUAGCCAGUUCUGAGGAUGUUUGAGACGCCAGUCAUGUGGUCAAAUCUGGAAUAAUUUGAAUUCAAUUGCACACUUAUCCAUAUGAAGGAAAUAUAACUUGAUCACAUCCAUAUGCACGUUGAUGCACAUGUAAAAGCUCUUUGUCCAUACCUCCAUUCAUUUCCAUCAUUCCGGAAAAUCAAACGAUGUGUAGUAAAUAUGUAAAUAGAAUGGGGGGGAAAUGAUUUGGCACAUUUCUUUUUAAAAAAUGAGUGUUGUCUCAGCUAAAGAAAAAGAAAAAAGCAACUUUUCUUGAUUGUCCCUAUAUUGCCUUUUUCAGUUAAUACAUUUGUGGCAUAUUCUUUCUGUGACAAAAAUUGUAGUACUACAACAUUACAUUACACAAAACUACAUUACACAUGAUCGCUUGUUCUUUGACAGGAACCAGGCUCACCUUAACAGUGUUGUAGUAUUCUGCACUGUAACAUUAUUGUUUACUGUCCUGCUGUGUGACUAGCUGCCUAUUCAAACUAAUAUGAGAGAUUUAUUGUGGGAGCUACAAUGUGUAUGAAAGACAGAGUGAGCGAAAUAGGGUGUGAGUGAAACACAGAGAUGUGGGUUUUUUUUUAUUUAGAAAAUGGGAGUAAUGCAGAGAAGACGUAUUAAAGAUAUUCGAUUUGUUUUAACACUUGAACUUAGCAGUGAUUGCAAAGUAAACCUUUAGAAAAGGCACAUCAGCAAUUGAACUCUUAAUAAUAUCUCCUUCAGGCCUCUUUUCACACAAUGGUGUUAGUUCACCAGCUGACUCCUCAGCCAUAUGUCACAGGUUUGGAGGGAUUUUAGAGCAGAAAUUCGCAGCCCAACCUAUUCUGAAGUGUUACCAAAAUGUAAUCUAAAAUAUAUAUAUAAAUAUUAUUUUUGUAUUUAGAAAUGGGAUUGUAAAAAAUGUAUAAAAGAAAAAAAAGUGCACUGAUCAGUAUUAACAAGCUGUGGUGAUCUGAGAUGCUGGUCUGAACCAUCAGUUUUGCCCUCUUGGAGUUCCCCCGCUUCACCCCAGGGGUUAUUUCCCAUUUUUGCCCCCCCUCUGAACCCUUCAACUCUACCUUUGGCCUUGUUUAUAUUUUAGACCAUUGACAGAGAUGUCAGAUGUUUCAAGUUGCUUAGGUUAACUUGGAAUAUUGAGCAGUUUAAGCACUCAAAAAAUCUACACUAUAAAACUCUUGAUCUAGGUGUUCCUGGGGCAGAAAAUAAAGCCAAGGGGACUCCAAAAUAUAAAACUGAGAGAAAACGUAGAAACUUACUGCUGAUGAUUAUGCCACUGUAAAUUUUUAAUUCAAUUGUUGAUUUUAUUUAUGUUUUGUAACUAACCAAAAUAAAUGAUGGUGUAAAACAUCAAACUCAACAAAAAAUAAAAAUGUGAAAUUUAA